AUGGCUCGCAACGCACUCGCCAAGGAACAGUUCGUCAAGCUCAUCGUCGGAGCCGGGCAGGCCAGUCCCAGUCCGCCCGUCGGUCCAGCUCUGGGAAGUAAAGGUGUCAAGUCCAUGGAUUUCUGCAAGGAAUUCAAUGCUCGCACUGCUCACAUCAACACCGGUGUUCCUAUUCCCGCCCGUGUCACCGUUCGUCCCGAUCGAUCCUUCUCGUUCGACCUCCGCACCCCGACUGUCACCUACCUCCUUCUCAACGCCGCCAAUGUCGAACCCCGGAAGAACCGCGUGCGUGGUGCCCAAAACCCCGGUCAUGAGAUCUGUGGCAAGGUUUCUCUGAAGCACGUCUACGAGAUCGCCAAGAUUAAGCACACCGAGACGCGGUUAUCCGGCCUGACUCUCGAGGGACUGUGCAAGAGUGUUAUGGCCCAGGCCAAGUCCAUCGGCAUUCAGGUUGUUGCCUGA